CUCAUUUUUUUGACACCGAGAAACGUCAAGCAGUAGCUGUCAAACGCGAAAAAAGUACGAAAACGACAUCACGACGACCGUCGCAGAGAGAUCCUUCACUUUUCCCCAUCGCAGUCCAUCAUGGCGGCUUUCGUAGGAAGAAUUUGUGGAUCCGGCUUACUGAGUUCGAAAAAUGGAGUUACCUUGCAGAAGGUACAACAAUUCUCGACAAGCCGGCCCUGGACGAGAAGUCAAAAGCUAGCCACCGCCGCUGGUAUUGCCGUCGGAGGUGCCGGUGCCCUGCUCUAUGCCCUGGAACAGUCGGUGGCCGCUUCGGGAACGGAAGUGCACCCUCCAGAGCUGCCCUGGAGCCACAAGGGUGUGUUCAACUCCCUGGACCAUGCUUCGGUUCGCCGUGGCUACGAGGUGUACAAGCAAGUUUGCGCUGCCUGCCAUUCGAUGCGGUUCAUCGCCUACCGUAACUUGGUUGGCGUGACGCACACCGAAGCGGAAGCCAAGGCCGAAGCUGCCGAAAUUAUGGUUCAAGAUGGCCCGGAUGAGGCCGGUAACUACUUCAUGCGGCCGGGUAAGCUGUCCGACUACUUCCCGAGUCCGUACGCCAACGAGGAAGCAGCUCGUGCUGCCAACAACGGUGCUUACCCACCGGAUCUGAGCUAUAUCGCUCUGGCUCGUCACGGUGGAGAGGACUAUCUGUUCGCUCUGUUGACCGGCUAUUGUGACGCUCCGGCCGGUAUUGUCCUGCGUGAUGGGCAGUAUUACAAUCCCUACUUCCCGGGAGGUGCCAUCUCCAUGGCCCAGGCUUUGUACAAUGAGUCCGCGGAAUACAGCGACGGAACUCCGGCUUCGGCUGCCCAGCUGGCUAAAGAUGUGUCCACCUUCUUGGUCUGGUCCGCCGAUCCAUGCCACGAUGACCGCAAACGCAUGGGCAUCAAAUCUUUGGGUAUCAUCUUGGUGCUCGGUACGCUCGUGUACUAUCUGAAGCGACACAAGUGGGCCGCCCUCAAGACUAGGAAGAUUGCGUUCUAUCCUAAGCAAAAGUAAUUUUAAACCGUGAAACGUAGGUACGGGUGGUCCUAGGGGUGCCGAUGUGACGUAUAGGAAAGGAUACACAGAAGCAAACCGGAAAUCAAGCUGCAGCAACAUCUAUUUAACAAACCAAAAACGCAAUUAUGCCGCUAAUAACGAUUAUUGUACAAUUAUAUCGAAAACUUCACUUAGACAGAAUAAAAAUCACUACCAUCAAUUGAUACCAAGUACUGCUGAAAAUGUGAUCUUCAGCCAGAAUAGGGCAACGCUAACAUCCGAGGAAGGGAAGGAGAAACAACGACCGGAAUUCUAUGUAGCCACCUCGAUGAGGAGAGAAGGAACGCAAAUAAAGCAACGUGUUGUUAGAAUAAACCCA